AUGGCGGAAUCAUUGUAUCACCUUAGCGAGUCUUUAGUAUGGAUGCCUACAUCUGCACCUCAACAGCAAUUAGUGAUCAUUCAAGACUGCGUAGAGGCUUCUGGGUCCUUUUUAGUGCAUCAUUUCACGUCAUUAUUUCUAAAAGCUGGUCAUCGCGUGUGUGUUGUGUCAAGUGCCAACUCUCCUGAACAUCAUGCGGCAGUCGGGCGCAAAUUGGGUAUCAACUUUGCAACUUGUCAGAGUACGAAGCAACUUUAUGUGCUCAACUGGACGAGACUUGAGACUCAGAAUCCAAAGGCAGCGUGGAUGGAUUUGUUUAACGAUCUAAAAAGAUUUACUGAUGAAGAAAAUGAAAAUGCUAAGUCAAUCGUGCUGGACGAUGUCAGUGCUUUAAAUUGGCGGUUUGGAGAAGCAGCAGUGCUAAACUUUGUGCGAUGUUGCAAGACGCUGACGCACGAGAAGAAUGGAGGCGUAAAUGUGGUUUUAUUAACCCAUGCGGAUACUGAUUUACCAGCAUCAAGACUCAUGAGCCCAGCUCUCGCUGAUAUGGCGACGGUUGUCUUGACAACGCGACCCCUACCGUCAGGUUACUCUAAAGACAUCCACGGCACACUCUCAAUUCAUCGUCAAAGUUGGAGCACUAGUGUCCACUCACUUGACGAAGAGCCGAAUGUGAUUUCCUAUAAAAUUCUUGAAAAUACUAUCAAAUGUUUUCCUACCACUGGAGAAACGCUGCGACGGACUUAG